AUGCUUCCAAUAGAAAAAGAAAAUUCUAGAGUUGCUACAACUAAACCAUUAGAUGAACUUUUUACUAAUGUCGGUCAAAAGUUUGAGACAGAUACCGUAAAGCAUGAAGGCUAUCGUUUUGACUACCCAUUAAGAUGGUUAAGAGACCCAUCUGUCACAAAAGCUAUUGGCUUUCGAAGAAUAAAGUUCAUUUCAGAAGCCAUACAUGGUUUCCCAUUUACGGUCGGUUUUGAAGUUCGAUACUAUAACAAAGAAAAACGUAUGUAUGAGAAAUUUGAACAAGGAAAACUUUUACAAGUUAAUUUGCUUAUAA